AUGUUACAAGGAAACCAAACGGCAGUCUCAUUAGCAAAGGCGCUGCUUCUUAUCGAGUCGAUUGUUGUACGGUGGCUGAUGGCGAAUGGAAGCAGUACUAUAGCAGGAAUCACUUGGGACAGGAAGUCGUAUAAUUACGAACUUGAUAUGGGACGGCCAGUUCCAUUACACAAUGUGACAACGGGCCAGACACUUCCAGUGGGAAAGAAACAGACAAUAGAGAUUGAAGUUCCGGAUUCAAGAGACUUACUCUUGGGCCAUGGGGAGUGGAGUGCUGAGUUUUGGUUUGACGCGGCGCAUGGAAAAGUUCGGAAAUAA